AUGGCCGACCCGGAGGUGUGCUGCUAUAUCACCAAAAUCCUGUGCGCCCAUGGGGGCCGCAUGGCCCUGGACGAGCUGCUCGACGAGAUCGCGCUCCCCGAGAAGCAACUUCGCGAGGUGCUGGAGGCGGCGGGGCCCCACCGCUUCGUGAUGCUGGAGACCGGCGGCAAGGCCGGGGUCACCCGCUCGGUGGUGGCCAACACUCGCGUGCGGGUCUGCCGUCGGAAGGUCUGCCAGACGGCCUGCGACAACCUGCACCUCUGCAAGCUCAACCUGCUGGGCCGGUGCCACUAUUCGGAACGGAAUUUAUGCAAAUAUUCUCAUGAUAUUCUCUCAGAAAAAAACUUCAAAAUCCUGAAAGAUCAUGAGCUUUCCGGACUUAAUAAAGAGGAAUUAGCAGUGCUUCUCAUCCAAAGCGACCCCUUUUUUAUGCCUGAGAUCUGCAAAAGUUAUAAAGGAGAAGGCCGAAGACAGAUCUGUGCCCAGCAGCCACUUUGUGAAAGGCUCCACAUCUGCGAACACUUCACUCGAGGAAACUGUGGCUACCCCAAUUGCCUCAGGUCCCAUAACCUGAUGGACAGAAAGGUGCUGGACAUCAUGAAGGAACAUGGCCUGAGCCCGGAAGUGGUCCAGAACAUCCAGGACAUUUGCAACAGCAAGCAUCUCCACAAGAAGCCCUCUGGCUGGAGAGCUCCUCCCUCACACCACAAGGGUGUGGCACCUCGAGGCAGAAACAGGGCCCGAAACCCGCCAUUUCUCAGAGAUCAAGAAUUCUUUCCAUCAGCCUCUGCUCAGAGGUCCAGGACAUCCAGUCCAGAUCCGAUAGGCUGCAGCUCUUCCCUAGAAGAUGUGAAGGACCUCACCCACCAGUUCUCGAAUUUGCGAAGUGACAAGAUAUCCAGCUUCUCAGAGCCAGCCAGUCCUGGAAGAAAAAGUCAAGUGGAAGGAAGCCAGAGAUCAUCAGAGAAUGGCAGUUCAGAGAGUAUCUUUUAUGGAAAUGCAACCCCGUCUAGCCCAACCCCAACUUCCAACUGGAAGGGAUCCUUGCCCUGGCUGAAUGGCCAAGGCCCGGGGAGAGAAGGUGCAUUUUCUCCAAGCCAGGCUGCCUUCAGCUCUCCCAGCUCUCCGCUAACACCUGCAGCAAGAACCAACCCGAACAGCAUGUCUCUGGAGCAUAUAGCCACAAGUGGGAAUCCAGAGAACAAGAACUUCUCUCUGUUCAACGAUGCCCAGGGUAGAAUAGCCACAGAGAGAACUUCCACGGGUUCUUCCGCUUACAACGACAUAGCCCUCUAUAAGAAAAUAGAACCCUGGAGUCAGGUUACUGAGGUCACUGGCAGAAUUCCAGGUGGCCCUGAUGCACUAGGAAUGGUGUUCGUUAACAGGAAAGAUGGAGAGACGGUGUGUAGCGUUAGCACGUGUGUUCAUAAGGUACCAGUUGGUUCUAGAAAAGUCACGGAGGAAGCUACUGGUGGAGAUAAAACUGAUGCUUUUGGCUUAUUCUCUGCAACCAGAGUGGAUAAAGAUGCAUCACACCGUAGCAGCCAGAAUCUGGGAACCGCAGGUCAGCCCUCGGUGCCACCUUUGAGGAGUGGAGAUUCUCUAGGUGAAGUUAGAAGUACCACAUUUUCCCAGAUGGAUAAUCAUGGCACAAUGGAAAUUUGCAUUGACCAUCUCUCCAAGGGCUGUCAACUUCAAAGUUGCAAGAAAGUUCACUUCCACCUUCCUUACCUGUGGCAGAGUUUCACCGGAGGCACUUGGACCAACCUCCAGCCCAUGGAGGCGAUUGAGAAGGCCUACUGUGACCCCCAAGUCAUGGUGGAGGCCCAAGUUGAAAAAAACUUUCAUCCAGUUCCAAAUGUGGACUCUACAUACCUGGAGUCUUUGUUUCUGUCCUGUCCACGGGGAGUUAUACCUUUUCAGGCAGGUUCCAGCAGCUACGAACUGAGCUUCCAAGGGAUGAUUCAGACAAAUGUAACUUCCAGGACCCAAAAGGUGGUCAUCAGAAGACCCACAUUUGUGUCUUCCUUGGAUGUGGAGCGGCUUAAACAUAGAUCAGACCAUUUGCCAGUGAACAUCAAUCCAGAGCCAGUUCGGAGGGCCCCCAGCCUCCUGACGACCCUAUCGGAGCCUUCUCAUCAGAGGAGCACGGGUCUCCCGCCCUCCAGUGGAUUUGAGUUAUUAGAGGUCAAUAGCCAGACUUCGGAAUAUGCCAAUGUAAGGGAGCGUUUUAAAGCUUCUAUGAAGAAUUUCAAGAUUGAAAAGAUAAAGAAGAUCCAGAAUAGGAAGCUUUUAAAUUCUUUUGAAAGGAAGAAAAUGAACAUGUUGAAGAAUGAUGAAGAAAUCCUAUUUUUUGCAGCAAGCCGUGCCCACGUGGCCAUGAUCUGUGCGAAUAAUUUUGACUGGAUUGUCCUUGGCACUCAUGAGAACAAAUAUGGAAAAGGAAAUUACUUCACAAAGGAUGCCAUCUCUUCCCAUAAAAAUUACCCAUUUGACCCCAAGAACAUCGUCAUGUUUGUAGCCCGAGUCUUGGUUGGAAAUUUCACCGAAGGAAAUAAGGUGUACACGUCCUGUCCUCUCCCCUAUGACAGCUGUGUGGAUACGAGGGUGAAUCCCUCCACUUUUGUCAUUUUUGACAAAGAUCAGAUUUACCCACAAUAUGUCAUCGAAUAUACCGAAAUAGACAAAGGUUGUGUGAUUAGUUAGAAAUGCUCAGUAUGGGUCCUGCUGUGGUUCCAGAGACCAGUCAGCCUUUCUAUUUCCUCGUCAAUUGAUCAACUUUCUCCCAUCAGGGGUUCCCAGACUUCACUGCCCAGUUAGGAAACUUUUCAAAAUUCUGGUGUCCAGCUUGCACCUCCAGGUAUUGAUUCAUUUCAAAAUUUAAAAAUUUGUACUUCUGGGGUAUGA